AUGUGGUGGACAUAUCGUGUGGUAAUAACCACGUACUGGCGCUCACAGAUGUCGGACAUGUGCGAUGGCACCGAUAUUAACAAUACACUCCCGAUUAGAGUGAAGGGUCCUCUCGAGUCGUGUCGUAUUGUGUCCAUUGCCUGCGGAACCAACCAUUCAAUGGCGGUGUCGGAUACAGGAGCUGUCUAUUCAUGGGGCUAUAAUGGCUGUGGACAGUUGGGUUUAGGCAAUCACACAAGUCAAUUAUCCCCGGUGCUAAUCACACAUUUGGAUAACAUUUGCAUAUGUCGUGUAGUUUGUGUUUGUGGUAUACAUCACACAAUGGUUUUAUCCAAAGAUGGGAUUAUCUAUACGUUUGGACAGUGCGAUAGGGGACAGUUGGGCACCGGCAACACGCAGAACCUAUCAAUGCCGGUGCCAAUAGAUAAUAGUUUUGGGAGAUUCAGUGAUCUCGCAUCCAAUCGGGCGACCCAUAUGUCAGCGGCGGUUACAAUGGAUGGCCGGUGCUAUGUAUGGGGUGAAUGCCAACCCCCACACGGAAACGUAUUAUCGCCUAUGAAGACGAGUUAUGAGUCACUGCACGACGUGUUUGCCGUUUACUCGACGCCUACCGUUACUAAUGAAAUGGUGGUAUUGAGUGAUGUGUCGGACAACCCAGUGAUGGCUCGUUUGGCUCAAGCCUUCGACGACCCAAACACCAGUAACUUCAGGAUCAUUGUCGAGGGAAAGCCUAUUCAUGUCCACAACGACAUACUCCGCAUACAAUGUCUACACUUUAGGGCUAUGUUUGACAAUUGGCCGGAAGGUGUCAAAGAGGAACUGGAGGUCUUGACUGAAUACUCGUAUGUGGUUUACGAGGCAUUCCUCCGAUACCUAUACACGGGUGAGGUAUGUGUGGCACCGGAGGCUGGGAUCGAGUUAUUAGAUUUGGCCGAAUCUUACUGCGAGACUGACCUCAAGUCAAAGUGCGUCCGACUUAUUCGCACCGGUAUUUCAGUCGAAAACGUUUUAACGAUUUAUUCGGCUGUCCUUAAGUACGAGAUCCCGGAGCUCGAGGACCUGUGCUUUAUAUACGCGUUGGCACACUUAACACAAGUGACACAAACCAAGGCCUUUAAGGACAUGGAUCCUAGAAUAUUCAAGGCCUUUAUUAUUAAGGCCUCUAAAAAGGGUGCUUUCAAAUAG